AUGGAGGGGAUCAGCACUCAGAGGGACCCCAGCUCCCCUCCGUCCGCCAAACAGCAUCAGUCACCCCAGGACAGCCAGGCCUUCAACGGAGCCCUGAAGCCCAAUCAGGUCGGGGAGACCUCUCUGUACGGAGUGCCCAUCGUGUCCCUGGUGAUAGACGGCCAGGAGCGGCUGUGUCUGGCCCAGAUCUCCAACACUCUGCUCAAGAGCUACAGCUACAACGAGAUCCACAACAGGCGGGUGGCCCUGGGCAUCACCUGCGUGCAGUGCACCCCGGUGCAGCUGGAGAUCCUGCGGAGGGCCGGGGCAAUGCCCAUCUCCUCCCGCCGCUGCGGUAUGAUCACCAAGAGGGAGGCCGAACGGCUGUGCAAGUCGUUCCUAGGGGAGCACCGGCCGCCCAAGCUCCCAGAAAACUUCGCCUUCGACGUGGUGCACGAGUGCGCCUGGGGCUGCCGGGGCAGCUUCAUCCCCGCCCGCUACAACAGCUCCCGGGCCAAGUGCAUUAAGUGCGGCUACUGCGGCCUCUACUUCUCGCCCAACAAGUUCAUUUUCCACUCGCACCGGACCCCGGACUCUAAAUACACCCAGCCCGAUGCCGCCAACUUCAACAGCUGGAGGCGGCACCUGCGGCUCAGCGACCCGGCCGCCUCGGAAGACCUGGCCCACUCCUGGGAGGAUGUCAAGGCCAUGUUCAAUGGGGGCACCCGCAAGAGGGCCUUCCCGAGCCCGGCCUCCUCCUCCUCUGCCACUAGGCAGCACCUUGAACUAGCUCCGCCACCCCCACCUCCCACUAAGAGCCUACGCGGAGCCGUGGCGGAUGAGGACGGGUCCCAGGCGGCAGCAGCGGCCCGGAGUUUCCCUCUCAUUCCCGUACCCAGCAAGGGCUUCUCGGGGGUGCUGCACAAGAUGGCCCCGCCGCUCUUUCCGCCCCCACCGUACGGCUUCCCUGCUUUUGGCCUUUGCGCCAAGAAGGAUGACGGUUUGGGGGAGACAGGCAAGGCCGCCGGGCUGCCCGGGGUGUUCUGGCCGGCUUCUUCGGCUUCUAAAGACUCCGUCUAUCCGCCUUUCCCGGUCUUCUGGCCGGCAGCAGGAGCACUGCCAGUCCCCUCGUCAUAUCACGGCCUGGCCCCGCAACAGCAGGGUACCGGCAAGGCUACAGCAGAACCGGAAGAAGCAGAACCGACAGCGGAGAGCGCGGAGGAGCAGGCCCAGAACCGGGUGCCGGAGGAGGAGAGGUCCGGAGAUGAAGGCCGGGUCGGAGAGCGGCUCACCCCCAGAAAACUGCGCUACAUUUCAGCCUUCAGACCUGUGGUGAAAGCCGCUGAGAGCCUGGCAAAGCUUUACGGCAGCCGGGAGCUGUACGGCCCGAGCAGGCCUGCAGGGUACAGCUCCCCGGACCUACUCAGCGACACCUCCAGCUUCCGCUCUGCCUCCCCCGGCCAAGACACCGCCGACGAGCCCGAGGUCGAUGUAGAGUCCGGCCGCUUCCCUGAGGAUGACAACGGUCCGGCGGGGAGCACGGGACCCGCGCCCAGCUCCACCGCUUCAUCCCCAAUUUCAACCCGGGAACCGGACGACAGGAGAGAGCCGAGCCCCGAGAGCAGCCCGAGGAGCCCAGCCGGAUAUGAGGUUUAUACGAAGCAGAUGUCCGAUGUUUCACAGGCCUUGAAGGGCAACUCUUCGCACCAGAGUCUACCACCUUCCUAUCUCUGCAACCUGGAUCCACAUGAGCAAGACUCAGAAGACAGUCAUUCAACUGCCGAGGAUGCGGAAAGCAGGAAAGCAUUCCAAGACCAAAGGAAUCAUUUAUCCCACACCAGCCCCUUACACACUGACAGAGGGGAGGAAGACAGCCCGAUUGAUGUCACUGGGACCCAGUUUGUAGAGAAAGACAUUGAGAAUAUGGCAAAAGAUGAGCUUCAGAAACUGUUAGUGGAACAAAUGGAUUUGAGGAAAAAACUGGAGCGGGAAUUUCAGAGUCUGAAAGAUAAUUUCCAGGACCAGAUGAAGAGAGAGUUGGCGUAUAGAGAAGAGAUGGUCCAGCAGCUGCAGAUUGUGAGAGACACCCUGUGUAAUGAACUGGAUCAAGAGAGAAAAGCACGCUACGCCAUCCAGCAGAAAUUAAAAGAUGCUGACACCAAGAGCCUGCACCGGGAGCUGUUCCUACAGAGCUCCACUCCUGCCCCCCUGAGCUACAUCUGGGCUCCUCGGAAACUGAUGUACCCUCCAGCACCCUAACGAACAAGGGCAAGAAUCUACGCACCAAACCAAGCCAUUCCCUGUCUCUUUGGAAACAAGAGGACAAUCGGGACCCGCCAGGGAGAUUUAAGGCCAGAGUUUAGGCGAACUUGUAAAUACUGUACAGCGGAAUCAGGAAGUCUGAGCACUGAGGAAUCUGAGCCAAGAGUGAUCCACAGAUCAACCAUGUAUUAUAAGGCUUUGUUAAUAACGGACACAUAUAUAUAAUAUAAAUAUAUAUAAAUAGAUAUAUUAACGACUGUUGCAAAAAAAAAAAAAAAAGUCCAAUGUAUUCAUUGUUUUAUGAUUUAUUUCUUAUUCUGUAUGUCUCCACUUAACCUCAUCAGUACCAGAGGUGGCUUCCCUCCGAUACUGAAGGGGAUGAUGUUUGGGGUUGUCGGUGGGAGAGUGGCUACGUGCAAUGGGUAUCUAUGUACUGUGAUUCUUAUUAAAACAGUAUUUUUUUAA